AUGGAAACAAUUUCAUUUCUCAAACUUAGCACUGAAAAUCCUCCAGAGCCCAGGUUUUGCUGCGCAGGAGUCUAUGUCCGAGAAUAUAACAGUAUUUUCAUACAUGGAGGGACAGGUAUCAACUCUGACUUAAAAGACUUUUACUCUUUCGACCUUGAAACUUCAAAAUGGUAUAAGCGAGGAGCCACUCCAGAAUGCUUAACAGGGCAUGCAGCAGUCGAAAUUGACAGCAGGAUCCUCAUGUUCGGAGGUUGGAAUGAACAAGAAUACACCAAUUCCUGCAUCCUUUAUGACCCUGAAGACUCCUCACUAAGAAAAGGAAAUGACCAAAACAUGAUAGACGAGUGAAACUUGCCAGCCCAAAGACGAGACCACUCCUUCACCAAAGCCAAAGACUGCAUUUAUUUACUGGGCGGCUGGGAUUCCUUUAAGUGGAAUAACACAAAUACAAACCCUAAAAACAAUAUUAACCAAAUCACUUAUACACAGCUGUGGAAACUCACUGAUCUUUGGAAGUGGCAGGUUUGUGAAGUGUUUGGGGAGCCUCCUAUGUCUAGAAGAGGCCACUCAAUGACGUAUUUUGAAGAGCAGGACUAUUUGGCAGUUUUUGGAGGAAUUUAUGGGUUUUCUAGGCUUUUGGAUGACUUGUAUAUUUUUAAUAUCCCACAAAUGAUGUGGGUCAAAAUCAACGCAAAUAAUUCGCCGAGUAAAAGAGCAUGGCACUCAGCAGCCUGUUUAGACAACAAAAUGUAUAUUUUUGGAGGAGUCACUGAAAACAAUGGAAUUUCAAAUGAGCUGUUUUCUUAUUCGAUUCUUGAAAACAUGUGGGAAAAAUAUGAAAUCAACAGUCUGCCAAGUCCUCGAUGUGGACAUAUUUCUUUGGCUAUUGAUGGGUUCAUCAUGAUUUUCGGAGGAAAAACGACUCAUGAUGUCCCGCUUAAUGAAGUCUAUGUUUUGAAUUUCAAUAGAAAUUAUGAAGAAUAUAUCACAAGAGUCUCAAACGCCCAAAUCAAGCAGGAGCUCCAUGAUCUUAAAAUAGUGCCCCCACCUAUUCCAAUAGGUCUUACAGUGUCAAGAUAUUACAAGCCAAAAAUAAGCUUUAAUCCCAAUAACUUUUAA